GAUUCUGAAAAUUUAAGCCAAUUCGGAUCUGAUGAAGAUGACCAACUCAGUUUUAAUAUGAAAGAUGAAAUUGAAUCCAAUAAAGAAGACAAUGAAGAUAAGACUGAAUCCAAUAAAGAAAAUAAAGAAAAAUUUGAAACCAAAUAUAAAAACUAUAACAUACUGCAUAAUUAUCCUAAGGCCAAAGAUGCAAGAGUUUUUCCUGAACACCGUCGAUUGACACGAGUAGCAAAAUGUACAGCUGUGCAAAUGCUAAAAGCUGGAGCAAAACCAAGUACAAUUUAUGAAGCUAUUAGAGAUGAUAAUGGGGAGCCAAUUGCGACAAGAAGAGAUAUACUAAAUUUGGGUUCACAGAUUUACAUUUCAGAGGAAAAUUCCUCAAUAGAAGAUGAUGAAAGUCAAAGAAAAAUGGGUGCAUACUCAGCUAUGAAACAUACUAUCGAGAUAUCAGAAAGUUUAACAAAGUCCUUUAAUUCGUUAGACAGAUGGUUAUAUUUGCAUUAUGAGGAACUUUUGUUACAAUUAGAGAAUGAAAGUACAAAUAUUAAUCCUUUAUUAACGGGAGAUGAUAAGAAUCUUUUAAAAAAACUUAAUGAUAUUUUAUCAGUUUCUGAAACCAAGCUUUCUGAAAUAAAAAUUACAGAAAAAAUUACAGAAAAAGGACAUCCUUCUAGAACAAAGUGGUUACCAAUUGCAGUAGAAUGA